GGCCCAAAUAAAUAUGACCCGCGUGUUUCGGCCUGAAGGUGCAAGGCUAAAAGUUGAAGGUGCGAAAUCACUAACCAAACUUUGUCUGGGGUCUUCUGAGAAGCGAGGAUCGGAGCAGAAUGGAUAGCACUGUCGAUGACAGAGGAGUUCCGGUUCCUACGUCGUCGGUGCUGAUGGCAGCGUCGAAACACAUCGGAACUCGGUGCCUGAGCGAGAACGUGGCGUUCCUCAAAUGUAAGAAAGACGAUCCUAACCCCGAGAAAUGCCUUGACAAAGGUCACCAAGUCACUCGAUGUGUUCUCGGCCUGUUGAAAUAUCUUCAUCAAAAAUGCACCAAAGAAAUGGAUGCUUAUGCAGGGUGCAUGUACUACCACACAAAUGAGUUUGAGCUGUGCCGUAAAGAGCAAAAUGAGUUUGAGAAGGCUUGCUCAUUUUGAUGUUGUGGCAAAUCACGCUCAGGCAACAUCCAAACGAGCAGAAAUAAAUAUGGCAUGUUUGUAACAAGUCAAUGCAACCUAGUUGAACACAUUUAAAUGUUUUGUGUCAGGGAUUGUCUCUAGGUGAGCCAAUGAGCCAUCGUGCAACGUUAAACUGUAGAAUGUUAUGUGUACACUUUGUUUAUGAGUGGUUCUUUUUUAUCUAGUAAGAUAUUCAAGCUGCUAAUUUGCUGAGAAUGAAGUUGUAAUAAAGCCUUUGUUGCUUAAGAUUCUGCUGAUCUCAGCGAUCAACAAAUAGAACUUGAUUCCAUACGGCUGCAACUCCCAGCAAGUUUCUAUUAUUAUCAAAAGUCCUUUGGUGUACA